AUGGACUACGAAGACGAAUACGAGUCUGAAUUAGACAAUGACGAAGCCAAGCAAAUGUUAGACGAACUGGCAGCUGAGUUAGUGGAACUUGGAAGACCAGAGGAAGAAGAAGUUCUGCUCGACUUUGAUGACGACACACAAGAAGAUGUGGCAGUUGAAUCAGAAGAGGAAGAUGGUGUUGCUCGCACAGGAGUGAGAUUCGCGGACACAGAUGAUAAUGAGUCCGACACCGAAGGAAUUGUGAGAAGUUACAGUGACAACGGUGUCGAGGUUGGAGCGAAAAGGGUACUUCGCCCAAGACACAAUCGAUCCUACUUCUCACAAGGGGUAAAAAUGAGACGCACUGAGAGAUACAGAAGAGAGAAAUCAAGAUUUGGGCAGGCAUACCUACAAAGAAAGAAUCCGCCUGUGCCAAACGUUUUGAGAAACAGGCGUGCAAUGAGAAGAAAAGCACGAAUGAAAAGACUCCGAGUCUCGUUGUAUCAAGCGAUCAAGAAAAGAAUUGACACGCAAAGAAAGGGAGCACAGUUGCAAGGGAACCAUAAGUACGAGCGCUCCAUCCGAGAACACAUGCACAAUUUGGCAUUCCAGCAAGUCGGAAACACAAACAAAGGCGAAUAUGACGCUGACGAAGCGUUGGUAGUCGCUCGUGUUAUUCAACAGAUACGUGAUGGUGUCAACGGUGGUAUCGAUGGGCAAGACGGAGUCUCGUUCAUUCAGCAAUACAAAGGACUGAAGAUAUUCAAGGAGCGAGGUAAAGACGCGGCCAUGAAAGAACUUGACCAACUGAUCAAGCACAGUUGCUGGACACGGAUCAGUAUUGAGAAACUAAAACUGACCGAAAGAAAGAAGGCCGUAGAUGCAAUGAUGCUACUGGCCGAAAAGAAUGAUGGCAUAACGAUCAAAGGUCGCUGCGUAUUCAAAGGUAACGAGACCCGGGAUUGGUUGUCUCGUGAGGACACUGCAAGUCCCACAGCUUCGCAUGAAGCUAUUAUCUGCACGGGUGUAAUUGAUGCCCAUGAAGGUAGAAACGUCAUGUCAA